AUGAAGAAUAUUAAAGAAAACGAAUAGAAAAUUCAAAUAAGAAUAAUUUACUUUUGAUAUUGCUGUUAUUCUUGCUCUUCUUCGCACAACUGUUUAUAAGUAUGUAUUAUAAACAAUCUGACUGCAAUAUGAAGUCUGAGAAAACAACAGAUGUCAAUGCCAACAUGAAUCCGAACACUGCUUCUCACCGAGUGAAGAAAAGGGAAAUUUCGUCCGAAACCGAAAAAGAAUGCGAAGAUUGUCCUCUGACAGAAAACUCAUCUGAAGAAAAUAACGAUACAAUAGUAAUGAAGGGAAAGUGGAAUAUCAAAAAAUCUGAUUUGUUGGAAUAUUGUUUUAAUGCCGAUGACUUUUGUCGAAAAAACAGAGAAAAAUCAGAAGACGAACAGAAAGACAAUUUUGGAGGCGAAUAGCAAGAAGUUAAAGGUAAAAUAAUUCUGUGACUCAUACUUAAAAUUAACGUUGUACAAUUUAUUUACCUAAACUUUACCUAAAAUUAUUAAUAUGUAUAAAAGGCGAAAGCUGUGUUUUGAUGGUAGAACAGGUACGCGUUUCAAUAGAAAAAAAUGUACGAGAGAAAAGAGUAAAACUUUUAUUCUUAAUCGUGGAAAAUUAUACAAAUAAUUAAACAAUUUCUCUUACAAAACACAAACGUUUAAAUUAUUUUGUAUUUUAACUGAAAAUGAACUGUAGAGUAUUAAAUGCUGAUCGGAAACAUUUACAUUUUAAUAAUUUUUAAUUAAAUAUAAAUAUAUGUAAAUAUUAAAUCAACGUUUUUUCUUUUUAGAAUGCAUUCUCCGAAAUAUUUCAGAUUAUAAGAUAUUUCAUUAUGAGGAAUUUAAGAACGCGCAUGAUAUGGAAAAAAAUAAGAGGUUAUUAUUCCCAAAAAUUGAAGAGGGUCCGGAAAACAAUUUUAGGAUUAUUACGCAAGAAUGGUAUGAAAAUCCUAUGAAAAUAGUCCAAACUAAUCGAAAAGAAGAAGUGAAAAUACUGAAAGAGUUCCAACGACCUGAUAAAAUGUAUCUUGAUGGAUUUUUCGAACGCGAUGGAUAUUUUUAUACUCCAUAUAAGGACGAGUCAGGACCGAGAAUUGUCAAGUAUAACAUUGAAACAGGAAACGUGACUUUUGGAGAAAAAGUCCAUUUUGUUCAGCAAAAAUGGGGCAUAUUUUUACUUCAAGAUGUCGACUAUUUCUGGAUAUUUGACUCUCUAAAUCAGACAAAAGGUUCGGGUCCGCUUUACGACAAUUACU